UCAUCGCUUCGACAUGGGGCCAACUUGGCGGAGACAUGCAGACCUAACGGGCGAUGCUCGAUGCUGGUUGUGGCUCAAAGCUUCCGCGAUCGGGCUGCGGUGAACCGUGGCGUAGCCGCCGUCCUCGCACCAACAGCAUCAUGUCGGGAACUCGGUGACGGGCGACAACGGUCACAACUCUCUCGCGGAAGAGGAGUGCCCAGUUCACUACUCGCCCAGUACCCGGGGGCUCACCCAAGGCUCAAGAAACCGGCGCCGGAUGCUGGUAACCUGCCGGUCCUACGCGAAAGCGCAUCAUGACGCAGAGUAACUCGUGAUCACACUCAACAGCUUCGGUUGAUACCGCAAGGACACUGCAGCUGGAACCGAAAGUCGAUGGGUGUACGUCGUCACCUGGCAUCCGGCAACGCCGCUGUGAGUGGACGAUGAAGCGGGCGCUACUGUGGUUACCGUAGUGCGUCAGAGGCAACCGGGGUACGCAUGGAUUGUGCGAGGCGGAGGAUUUGGUGAGCCGGACUGCGGUGCUUGGCCACGACAAUCGGGUGAACGGUGUAGCGGGCCUUCAAGUGUUCAGCGUGCUGGAUUGGACAUGACUUUUCCAGCAGGGGUCGGCGCCCUCUCCGACUCUGGCAUGCGCAGCCUGUGCCCUUCACCCUUCAGCAAUUUCGUCCGGCAAUCUGGAUGUAGCAGUGAGACUCUGUCGUGCGGUUUCUCAAGUGUCCUCACUUGCUUUCCUCAUGUCGCUUACUCUCGGCGAAUUCAUUGGUACCUUAAGUUGGCUGUACUGGUGACGCGCGUCGGGUUGACACACUCUUUGUCUCUAUUUUCACUACAUGCACUUACCAAUUUGAAUCAUUUUGGGGGAUAUGAUCGGCUCACCAAGCAGGCGACUAUUAUUUCGUGGUUGGGUUGUAGUUACUAAAUUGUUAGGUGCUGGCACACGUGUUGCUGGUCGCGUAGUUGAGUUCUGCCCUUCUUACUGGUAUGGGUUGGAUAUAACGUUGUAGCAAGGCCUCGAGUGAUCAUAUUCAACCUGCGUUUGUCGAGUGGAUGGACUUUGUAAGCACAAUGGACGGCACUUUGAUGUUACCUGGCAGUGUGAACGCCACAACCUUCGAUUUCAGCAUUGCUCGGUUCGUGCGUUGUAUUGAUAUGGCCACCGUGGGAUGGAAUUUGGCAACGGGUGUAUAUCAUUGUCUUCUGGUUUACGCACUGAAUAAAUAUGGAUUGGACAUCUGGUUUCGAAUUUGCACUCGGUCGGAGAGCAUGCCAUGGUGGAUGAACCUAUCAGCGGAUCACGGAGGGACAGCGGGCAGUGCGGAUGGUGAGAGAAAGCUGCUGCAGGAUAAGCUAGAAAUUUUGGCCGAGAAAGACUGGGGCAGUGACGUAGCAUCGGCUUAUACUCAAAAUGUAGGGGUUGGCAAUACAGUUGUAGCUCCGGCUCCGGCCAUAGCUACGGGCCGAGAAGUUCGAGAUUUUGGAUUUAAGGGAAAAGAACGUGAAGUUGAGGUUGACAGUAGUAGCCCUAAACCCAAGGCUAUCUGUCACUCCAUAUCAUGCAGCCUGGUCCUAACAUUUCAAUGUGUGCUGUCGGAUCAUCAAAUCCAAUGCUGGGUCGAGACCAUGCGUAAGUACUUUGGUUCGACUCCGAGAGUAGAGAGAUUCGAGCAGUCUACUGUCUUUCAGACUCUUUCUUGGACGCACGAAGAAUUGUUGCAUGAUGCUGCAUCUUUGGUGCAGCAGGCUUAUGUGGAUGAUCUUCAAUGUACGUUGCAAGUGGGUACUUGGUGCGUUUUGCUUUGUCAGACAGGAGAGAAAGCGAAGCUGGUGAAGCUACAGGGACUUCAAGUACCAGUUAUUACAAGCGCUUGCCACUUCUCAGCCGUUGAUUUGCUCGUAAUCAAGGGAUACAACCUAGAUGGAGCUGAUCUCAUCGGGCAAAUUGAGGAUCAGAGCUUGAGGUUGUUGUCAAAAUCAAAAGCAUCAAGGGACAUGGAAGAAUUGGAAACCCUGUCUGUACAAUGUAAGGAGGAUACUGUUCACCAAGACUUGCACGUUUACGCCUCCAAGUUAAUUGUUGUCGAUGGUUCUUUAGUAUCUGUUCAAUGCGAACCUGCAAUAAUCGUUCCCGGGGAUGACGACAGUCUCUCAACUGAGUUCACAGCUUGGAUCAUGGUGGCGCUUAUUAUGGCAGUGCCUGUGACUCAAAUUGCAUUAUCAUUGCUGUAUUCUUCUUUUGGGUCUGCUCUGGCGAUCGUGGUAGGACAAGCCCUUGGUUGGAUGCUGGCUUGGUCGACGCUGCAAUUGCUUGCAGCCAGGAAAAUAAGUAUGCAAGGCAAGGUACUCCAACCAUUGGAGUUGAAGAAUAUCUUCGUGGACCCUAUGAACGUUAGAAGAGGAGGCUUGGUGUUAGUAUUCGCACUUAUGAGUUUGUUUUCGCAUUGGAUAUGGACACACAUGGGUACAUUUCAAAAGAAAUGGCUGCUCAUAGGGACAACGACAACCAUGCUAGUUGUUGCAAUCUUCAAGCUCCUAUCCAAAUUGAGGAAAAAGAAACAUGACGGGAUAAUUAGCCAUAACCGACACUGGAUGAACUUGAUGAACACAGCCAUCACAUAUGGUGAGUGGUCUUACGCAGCUGGUAUGCUCCAUUCUGACAAAGGUCUCGAUGAAGCACAGCACUAUGACGAAGCAUAUGUCCAGGGAAAGCUGAGAGAGCUCCAGUUGCGGCGCUCGGAAGGAACGAUUGAAGAAAUUCUCUUCUCCUUGCGCGCUGACCUCUUUCGACACCUUGGGAAUAUGUGUAAUCCCCACUUGCAUAGGUACAGACGUGAGGUUCCGGCGGCCAUUCGGGACUAUAUUAAAGAAGUCGGCAACCACCUUCAAGCAGUGUACGAAAUGGACGUGGAAGAAUUUAGUCUGGAAGAGAAGCUGACCUUCAUGACUGAAACACGACAAAGACUUGGAAGGACAGCUCUCGUAUUUAGCGGUCAUGUUGCGCUCGGGACAUUUCACUCGUCAGUAUUUCGCACACUGGUGGAACAUCAGCUGCUACCCAGCGUAGUUGUAGGCUCAAACUUGGGGGCGAUUGUGGCUUCCAUUGCGACCACAAGGACUUCAUCAGAGCUUCAACACUUUUUUGAUGAUCCUUCGGUACCUAUGGACUUUUAUGAGAAACUAAGCACAGUUUAUGUGGCAGCAUACCGGCUGCGAACUCACGACGCCAAGCCAUACGAAAUUGAGAAGCUUCAGGACAGCAUGCAGGAAUUGUUAGGAGAUCUUACCUUCGAGGAGGCAUUCGAUUUGUCGGGUCGCAUACUAGGAAUUUCGCUUCCUGCUUGUCCAAUAAGCCACCUACCUGCACAAUUUCUGAAUUAUUUAGCGUCGCCGCAUGUUGUUAUCUGGAGCGCAGUCGCGGUAUCCUGUGUGCCACCUACUGGCCUUCUUCACCGUCCCGAGCUCAUGAUCAAGGAUCGUUUCGAUAGAAUUGUACCAUACAUUCCACCAACAAAAGUGACCUCAUUGGAAGCAAGGAACGAAACAAGUUUAGAAACCCAGAUUGCCUUUCAACAAGUCCGAGAACUUUUCAACGUCAACCAUUUCAUCGUCAGUCAGGCGAGUCCUUAUAUCGCUCCAUGGUUGCAUUUCAAAGAGACAACAGAGGAGCGCUCACCUCUCAUAUCCAAGUUAGUGAACAUGAUGGAGAUGGAGGUGAGGCACCGAUGUGCUCAAGUGCUAGAUAUGGGGAUCAGGCUGCGAGGCUUGACAAGCGUCUGCGCUCAGAUGUGGGAAGGCGAUAUCAACAUCGUCUUACCGAUCACAUUUUCACAGGUCAUCUCCAUGUCCAGCAUCCAGAAUGACGACCCUUCACCGGAUGAUCUUCGGAAGGCCGCGAUGGCAGGGCGUCGAUGCACAUGGGCCAAGCUGUCUGCCAUCCAGGCAAGCUGUAGCAUAGAGUUCAAGCUGGACGAAUACAUCAACGAGCUACAGCGUCGGGAGCGCCACGCUUUACAUCUGGAAGAGGAUUACCGUCUCCUCAAUGACCUAGCUUCUCCCAGGGGCACUCGGCAAUCAGAGGUAGACAUCGGCUCGUCAAGGCCGAAUCUCUCCACGACCCAGUCAUCACAGGGAGACGCCGACCCAUGUGCCAACGGCGAGUUUCCUCUAGAUCUUCAUCAAAUUCCAGGAUACGGUACACCAAGCGAGGCAGGAACUGAGGAUUACCUCCUUGAUCACCUCUGCUCUUGUACAAGAAACAAUCCUGAGUCUCUGACCCACAGAUGUGAUGCUGCCCCCGUCGUCACUGACGAACGAAUCCACGUCAUUGAAGGAGGCAGUGACACGGUUGAGAACCAUGAACCCGCAUCGCUAGUCGGCGUGACGACAUGGCCAGCAGACGAAGCAACGCCUGGGGAUUCGAGCUCCCAAGGUGGGGAGAGGCAGGAUGGUUUCAGCAAAGGGGAGCCCGAAAGCAUCUGCAAGCAACUGGAGCUGCAAAACCGAUACCCCCAGCAGCUGGAAUGGGACAUCGGCCAUGACGACGUCGGCCGACAACACAGCUAUGGCUCGCCCACGACAGUGUUGGAAGGCCCUCGAAGUGGGCGGAGAAUCCAAGUCAGGAGGUUCUCGGAGCAGCGCGUCCCCUUGCACCCGGGCUGCCAGCUCGAGCGCUAUUUCAAGGAGAUGGCGGCCAGUUUGAGUGACGACGAUGAGCGCAGCGUCGCACUCUAGAUCAUGAAAAAUAUUCCUCUGAAACCCUAAUUCCACCCCCCAAAAACCCACCAAAACCAUGAUUCAUUUCCUGACACUGUAGGCAUUUGUUUUAGGAGUCCUUGUGUGGAGUGUGUGAAUUUAUUUUAAAAUAUAUUCGAGCUGUUUGCAGUCCUCUUA